AUGCUUGUAAGGCAGAGGUGAAAGUGGCUCAGCAGAACAACAUCGGGAAAUCUGGCAGACUGGAAGAGCACAGCUGCCCCCCUGGGCAGCUGCCACUUGUGAAGCAUGGAGGAAAGUAAAAACGAGAAGGUGAACCAGGCUCAUGUUCUCUUCGACAGAUUUGUCCAGGCGUCCACCUGCAAGGGGACUCUCAAGGCUUUCCAGGAGCUCUGUGACUACCUAGAACUAAAGCCCAAGGACUAUCGUUCCUUCUAUCACAAACUCAAGUCCAAGCUCAAUUACUGGAAAGCCAAAGCCUUGUGGGCCAAAUUGGAUAAAAGAGGCAGCCAUAAGGACUACAAGAAGGGGAAAGCAUGCGCCAACACGAAGUGUCUGAUAAUUGGGGCUGGACCCUGUGGCCUUCGCACAGCCAUCGACCUGUCGUUCCUGGGAGCCAAGGUGGUGGUCAUAGAGAAGAGGGACGCCUUCUCCCGCAAUAACGUGCUGCACCUGUGGCCCUUCACCAUCCACGACUUGAGGGGCCUCGGCGCCAAAAAGUUCUACGGCAAAUUCUGUGCAGGAUCCAUAGACCAUAUCAGUAUCCGUCAGCUCCAGCUGAUCCUUUUGAAGGUUGCCUUGAUCUUGGGAAUAGAGAUCCAUGUCAAUGUGGAAUUUCGGGGGCUCGUUUACCCUCCGGAGGACCAGGAGAACGAAAGAAUAGGUUGGCGUGCAUUGGUCCAUCCCAAAACCCAUCCAGUGUCUGAGUAUGAGUUUGAAGUAAUCAUUGGAGGGGAUGGCAGGAGAAACACCUUAGAAGGGUUUCGCCGAAAAGAAUUCCGUGGUAAACUUGCAAUUGCCAUCACAGCAAACUUCAUCAAUCGCAACACCACAGCUGAAGCCAAAGUAGAAGAGAUCAGCGGUGUGGCCUUCAUCUUCAACCAGAAGUUCUUCCAGGAUCUCCGAGAUGCCACAGGCAUUGACUUGGAGAACAUUGUCUACUACAAAGAUGAUACACACUACUUUGUCAUGACUGCCAAAAAGCAGAGCUUGCUGGAUAAAGGAGUGAUACGGCAUGACCACGCCGACACAGAGGUCUUGCUCUCCCGGGAGAACGUGGACCAGGAGGCUUUGCUGAACUACGCCAGGGAAGCAGCAGAUUUCUCCACUAACCAGCAGCUGCCGUCACUGGACUUUGCCAUCAACCACUACGGGCAGCCCGACGUGGCCAUGUUUGACUUCACGUGCAUGUACGCGUCCGAGAACGCGGCCCUGGUGCGCGAGCAGAACGGCCACCAGCUCCUCGUGGCGCUGGUCGGGGACAGCCUCCUGGAGCCGUUUUGGCCGAUGGGAACUGGAAUAGCCAGGGGAUUUUUGGCUGCAAUGGACUCUGCUUGGAUGGUACGAAGUUGGUCGCUCGGAGCUAGUCCUUUGGAAGUCCUUGCAGAGAGGGAAAGCAUUUAUAGGCUGCUGCCUCAGACCACCCCAGAGAACGUGAGUAAAAACUUCAGCCAUUACAGCAUUGAUCCUGCCACCCGAUACCCCAAUAUCAACGUCAACUUCUUGCGGCCACAGCAGGUACGCCACUUGUAUAAUACAGGAGACUUGAAAGACAUUCACCUGGAAAUAGAGAACUUUGUGAACUCCAGGACACCAAAGCUGACUCGAAAUGAGUCUGUAGCCCGCUCUAGUAAAUUGCUCAGUUGGUGCCAGAGGCAGACUGAUGGAUAUGCUGGUGUUAAUGUGACAGAUCUCACAAUGUCAUGGAAAAGUGGCUUAGCUUUGUGUGCCAUUAUCCACAGAUACCGUCCAGACUUAAUAGACUUUGAUUCCUUGGAUGAGCAUGACGUGGAGAAGAAUAACCAACUGGCCUUUGACAUCGCUGAGAAAGAGUUUGGGAUCUGUCCCAUUAUGACUGGAAAGGAAAUGGCAUCUGUUGGAGAGCCAGAUAAGCUGUCGAUGGUGAUGUACCUCACACAGUUCUAUGAGAUGUUCAAAGACACCAUCCCCUCUAGUGAUAGCCUGGAGCUGAAUGCAGAAGAAAAGGCUGCCCUGAUUGCCAGUACCAAGUCUCCCAUCUCCUUCCUCAGCAAACUGGGACAAAGCAUCUCUCGGAAGCGCACUCCCAAGGACAAAAAAGAAAAGGAACUGGAUGGUGCAGGAAAGAGGAGAAAAACCAGCCAAUCUGAGGAUGAGGACCUCCCACGAAGCUACAGAGAAGAAAGGCCCACACUGGUGAGUGCCCUGACAGAGAGGAGAAUUGAUGCUGCCAUUGGGAAUCAGAACAAAGUCAAGUCCAUGGCAACCCAGCUGCUGGCCAAGUUUGAAGAGAAUGCACCAGUGUCGUCCUCAAACCUACGAAGACAGCAGCCUGUCCUGCCUUACCAAGAGCGUGUCCACAGCCAGCCAUCCAGCAGACGAGAGCAGGGCCGGCUUGCUCCCAUACCCCAGUGGAAACAGAUGAGGCAUAAGGAACGUUCUCGGACCUGCCCCAAAAAAGUGAUCAUGCUCUCUUCUUCCACUCCAUCUUCCUCUCCAUCGUAUCCCAGGCAGCAGAGAUUCAGGGAACCUGGUGCUGGCUGUCCCAGGGAGCAGAGGCCCAGACAGGAAAGGAGAUCUCCUCGUUUGUUUUCUCAUGACCAAGUGCCCAUGAGUGUUGAGCAAAGGGCACGUCAGCUGGCUGCCCUCCUGGAGUCCAGACGUGCACUGAGGCAUCAGCCUGAGACGGAGCCGUCUCGCCGAUUCUUUGUUGACCAGUGGGAGCUCUCCCUUAGCCUCCGCUCCUCCAACCGCCCUUCCUCACCCUCCUCCGACUCCCUCCGACAGAAGUACAUAAAGAUGUACACAGGCGGAGUGAGCUCAUUGGCUGAGCAGAUAGCCAAUCAGCUUCAAAGGAAAGAGCAACCCAAAACCCUUCUAGACAAGAAGGAACUGGGCUCGCUCAAGAAGGAGUUCCCCCAGAACCUGGGAGGCAGCGACGUGUGCUACUUCUGCCGCAAGCGGGUCUACGUGAUGGAGAGGCUCAGUGCUGAGGGCAAGUUCUUCCACCGCAGCUGCUUCAAGUGCGAGUACUGCGCCACCACCCUGCGCCUGUCCUCCUACGCCUACGACAUCGAGGACGGUAAAUUCUACUGUAAACCUCACUACUGUUACCGAGUCUCUGGUUAUGCUCAGAGGAAGAGGCCAGCAGUGGGUCCUCUGUCAGGAAAGGACACCAAAGGACCUCUGCAGGACGCCAUGGCCAGCGAUGGGAGCGGACGGGCCAACAGCAUCCCCACCUCAGCAGAGAGGGCCCCAGGUUCCAGUGUGAACGGGCUGGAGGAGCCCAGCCUGGCCAAGCGGCUGCGGGGCACUCCGGAGCGCAUCGAGCUGGAGAACUACCGGCUGUCGCUGCAGCGCGAGGAGGAGCUGGAGGAGGUCCCCGAGGAGACGCUGGCAGAGCACAACCUCAGCAGCGUGCUGGACAAAGGGACAGAAGAGGAUGUGCCCAGCAGUAGUUCAGAAUCUGAGAUGGAGGAGGAAGAUGAAGAGGAAGAUGAUGAGCAGCAACCCCCUUCAGACUUGGGUGGUGUGCCAUGGAAAGAGGCCGUGCGUAUCCACGCCCUCCUGAAGGGAAAGAGUGAAGAGGAGAUUGAGGCUGAGCAAAAUCAUGAGAUUGAGUACAAAUAUGAUGAUGACGAGGAGGAAUACGAAGAGGAAGAAGAUGAGGAGUCAAGUGAAGCUGGAAACCUUAGGCUGCAGCAGAUUGUAAAUCCGGUUGAUCCUCUGGAGAUCCUGGCAGAUGUGCACUGGACACACAUCCGUGAGAAAGAGGAGGAGGAAAAAAUGGUCUCAGCCUCAAAGUCCUCCACCUCCAGAGCAUCCGACCUUCCCUCCGUACGCCAUGAGGCGGUACAGGCGUGGCUGGAGACGGUCCCUGGAGCUCCGUGUGAGGAGGAUGAUGUGGAGGAUGAGCUGGGCACAGAGCCUGCAGACACAGAAGGGCAGGCAGGUGAAGAGGGAGACACGGGUGCAGAGCUGGACGAUGACGACAUCGCAUCUGAUGCAGAAGCAGAGUUUCGCUUACGUCAGAGUGCUGGAGAAGGGGCAGAGCUAAAAGUCUCUGAGGAUGAAGAAGCAGAAGGUGCUUCCCACAGUGUGACAGAAGAUCCAUGCAAGCCAUCCAUCCCUAUCCAGCCCUCUAGUGACGUUGUUCUUCCUCUGUCUCCAGCUGCUAGUCCCAAAGCAAAACAAGCAGAGGAUGUAGAAGAUCCCCUGGCUGAAGUGUGCCGUGCAAUAAAAUCCCCAGAGCCACGCUUUUUUCCUGAGCCUUUCAUUCUUGAGGAACGACCAAAGGAUGAAAUUCCCAAAGAGAGGAAAGUUAAGAGCCCUUUGGUGCCACCAUCUCCAGUGUUGUCCCAGCCGGUUGCAUCACCAGAAGCCAUUGCAGCCCCAUCACUAGCAGAGUCUCAGCCAGGAGCACCAGCAUCUCCAGCAUCUGCUCAAAUGCCUAUCUGUUCCCAGCCUUUGCCUUCUGCUGAAACGUCCAUUCCAUCCCCAGUGGAGCCUCCAGUAUGUUUCCAACCUGUCCCAGCCUUAACAUCUACUCCUUUAGCCAAAUUGGCUCUUAGGGGCCAGGACGGUGAGGUGGAAAAACUGGGGAGCCCCACUACUGCAGAAGAAGCCCUGAAACGGAGCAGCCUUGUGGAAGAGUUCUGGAUGAAGAGUGCUGAAAUCCGACGGAGCUUAGGGCUCACCCCCGUGGACAGAAACAAACGCUCAGAGAGCAACUUCACUGUGUCUGCUCUGGAGACAACUCCUCAGAAGACUUUCAAUAGCAGGAAUAUUUCAGGGGAUGAAAGGAUCCAUCCUGUGAAACCCCAGCCUGCUCCCAGAAGACAGGGACUGUCCAAGUUAGAAAAUGAGCAGAUUUCUCUGCUCACUCCAAAGUCUCCAUCAGAAAAAGAGCUAAAGAUUUCCAGUGAAGUACGGGGAGAUGUAUCCAGCAGCUCUGGGCUUGGCCUUCAGGAGAGCUCAUCUAACAUGAGAACUAUGGCUAGCCAGAGCUUCAACACUUCCGACUCCACCAUGCUAACUCCUCCAUCGAGCCCGCCCCCACCACCUCCUCAGAACGAGGAGCCGGCCACGCUGCGUAGGAAGAGGUACCAGGCACUCUGGCAGAACGAGGUGGAAGCCAGGUCACCUCCAACGCCAGCAUCAACACCUCCUGCUCCCCGACACCAGGAGCCGGCCCCUCCUGCCAAGGAGCCCACCCCGGCCAGGAGAGACGACGUGCGGAAGUCGUUCGCGGAGAGCGUGGAUGAAAUUCCGUUCGCUGAUGAUGUGGAAGACACGUAUGAUGACAGGACAGAGGACUCAAGCCUUCACGAGAAGUUCUUUACGCCUCCUACCAGUAGGCCAAGGCCAGAGAAACCACAUCUUUUGCCCUUGGUCAAAGAGAAUGGUGGUCCACCCUCAAUGGAAGGAGGGGUUCACCAUAAGAAGAGGGUGUUCCCUGACAUUUCUGUGGAGGCCAAGGAGAUUGCUGAAGAAAGAAUGAGAGCCAGAGAGAAGUCUGUCAAGAGCCCAGCACUACGAGAUGCCAUGGCUAAACAUUUGUGUAAGAUGAAAGAUGCGGAGGUGACUGCUGCUGCUGCUGCUGCUGCUGCUGGGGCCACAAGGGCACGAAAGGCAUCUUCUAUGCCCUUGAAGACCAAAGAGUUGUUUUAUGAGUCUCCAAAGCAUUUGGCUUUGAAAUUAGCAGAGGGAUCCACACGAAAACAUAAUUCUGCUACUGAGAAGUACUCCACACCUCCUGCUGACAUGGCUGGACCUGAAGGGUCUGUCAGCUCUUCGGAAGGCUCCAGUGGGAAGAGCAAGAAAAGAAGUUCCCUCUUCUCUCCUCGUAAGAACAAAAAGGAGAAGAAAUCCAAAAAUGACAGCAGACUUUCUGACAAAUCUAGUGGUGGGACAGAGGAAGCAACAAAGCCUAGGUCGUUAUGGAAGUCUGUUUUCUCUGGCUAUAAGAAAGACAAGAAGAAAAAGGCUGAUGAGAAAUCUUGCCCAAGUACUCCCUCAAGUAAUGCCACUGUGGAUUCUGGCAAGCAUAAACCUUCUCCACUGAUUACAGCUGCAGAUUUACAGCUCCGUCAGCACCUGAGUUUCUCAGAGGACUCUGACCUCUCCAGUGACGAUAUUCUGGAACGCUCCUCCCAGAAAUCCAAACGAGAGAGGGCCUACACAGAAGAGGAGCUGAACGCCAAGCUGACGCGGCGAGUACAGAAAGCUGCCCGCAGACAAGCCAAGCAAGAGGAGCUAAAGAGGUUACACAGAGCUCAGAUUAUCCAGCGGCAGUUGGAACAAGUGGAAGAGAAGCAGAGGCAACUCGAGGAGAGAGGAGUUGCUGUGGAGAAGGCCCUUCGAGGAGAAGCAGACUAUUGGGGAGAGUCUUAUUACAGUGACCUCAUCGACUUGCAUCUGGGUGUUGAGCCCAAUGCCGGGACACCACGUCGUAGACCUCUCUCCUUCUGCCCUUGCUGUGCCCAUGAAGGCAUGGGUAAGAAGGAUGACCCCAAGCUGAUGCAGGAGUGGUUCAAGCUGGUGCAGGAGAAGAAUGCCUUGGUUCGCUACGAGUCCGAACUGAUGAUAUUUGCUCGGGAGCUAGAACUGGAAGACAGGCAGAGUCGACUGCAGCAGGAGCUCCGUGAGAGGAUGGCAGUAGAAGAUCAUCUGAAGACAGAUGAGGAGCUCUCGGAGGAGAAGAGGAUCCUGAAUGAAAUGCUUGAAGUAGUGGAGCAGAGAGAUUCCCUUGUGGCUCUCCUUGAGGAGCAGCGGCUUCGAGAAAAAGAGGAAGACAAGGACCUGGAGGCAGUCAUGCUUUCCAAAGGUUUUAGCUUGAACUGGUCCUGAGCUUAACACAUUUACCUCUGCUGGUCUGUGUUGUCCAGUUGGCCUACCCUGAGUUUGCCAGAAUUACAUGGAUAGGAAGAUGUUGAAGGGGAAACCUCUGAAGGGUCCAACAGCAUGCAGGGAUUUGGUUUGAAGCACUCAGAAGCCUUUUGAUCAGUGUGUUGGUUCCAGAAGCUUAAGUUUUACAUGUCUGCAAGCCAAGUUGAAGAAAUGAGUUGAGACUGUGGAGUCUCCUUGAGGUCCUGUACGAUGGACCAUAUUUUGUGUGUGGUAGGAGGGAGGGGGGAAUAAUCCAUGUGUGGGGAAGGAGGUUAAGGGAAGAAGUACCCUUAACUACACUGGAUUUAAGGCAGUCCAUUCCUUUCCCAUUUUUACUACACCAGUUCUAAUAAAAGGGAGGGAAAUGGCAACCUUUCCUGAAAAACCACAGCAGCCUGUAGCAGUGGAAUCAGCUGUCCAGGAGAGCUCCAGAAGCCCAGGGCAACACCUUCUUUGCUUUAGUCUUCCUCCCCACCAAAGAAACCUGCAGUUGAUCCUUAUGCAUGGAUAUGAAGAAAUACAAGACAGAGAAGAUACUACUAUGUGUGAUGGAACUCUCUGCCUCUUGGUUUUUGGAGAGAAGUGGGCAUCAGUGGACCCUUUCACUACCUUAGCCUCCUAAAUCUUCUUGUGAGGAACAAAGGGAGCAGAAGAGAGAGGGAAGAUGCCUAUCUGCUUUGCUACACACUGGAGAGGCAGCUACUGCUGGCCUUAGUCUUCAUGGCCACAGCUCAGAGGCUGGUGGGCUUCCUUGUUCUGUUUUUAUUGUGACUGUUUUGACACUGGAAAAUACUGCUGUGGGACAGUGGUAAGUGUGUGCUGGGGCAGGGGUGUUCCCAGGCAGCAUUCCCUGGUUAUUAGGCCCCCUAAAAGGGAGAAGUCCUUAAGUGACUGAACCACCAUUAAGACUUUUCAGUGUUUUUAUUUUUUUCUUCCUCUGUAUUUUGUUUUUGCACAUUGGAAACAAAGCUUAAGACCUGCCUGGGCCCUCAGUCACUUUGACCCUUUUAUGUCAAUUAACUUAUUUUUUUAAUACUUGAAAGAAGAUUCAUUUUUGUAUCUUUUAGGAAAAAAAUGGACGAGUGAUGGGUGUGUGUGCCUGCUGCAUCCUACAACUUCCACUUCAAAAUUACUGGACGUUGUUACCUGUGGCUAUUUAUUAGAGUUCUUAAUAAUAAUUUGAUUGUUACACAUAUUUGAUUGUGGAGGGAGUGUUUUAACUCUGUUAGAGAAAGACACUACUGCGGAUCGGUCCCUGCUUCACAGCAAGGGCAGCCUUUAUGUACCCAUGGAUGCAUCCUGCCCUAGGAGUUUUCCUGUAUGAAAAAAUCCUGUGCACUCAUGGAGUUUAAGAAUCUAUUUGUGUUCUUAGCAUCCUUUUCUUCCACAUCCCACAUUUUCUCUUUUGGACUAACAAACCUAUAUUUAUUUAAAUUUUACAUUUUUAUAACAAGAAAGCCAAAAGUGUGAGGUAGAAGUAUCCCGUAUGUCUCUUCCUCACUGAAAGAGGAGAUCCUCACAGUCCUGAUACAGUUCAAGGGGUUUCCACAAAAACAAAAAUAGCACAUUUCCUGCUGUAUCUGUUGGAAGAAGCUCCUUUUGGCCCAGUUAGUGAAUCUGCUGCUUUUCAGCCAGGAGGGUCCUGACUGUAGCCACACGAUAACCAGUGAGCAGGAUGUGCACUGAGCAGCUCAGCCCCACUGCCUGUGGGACAGACUCCCUGGGCAAACCGUGUCCUUAACCUCUCCUGCAGAGCUGAAACAGCACCGUGCACUGGGGAUAUGUCCUGUCCUUCACAUGAUGUGUCCAGAGGGUUUCCCUCCUUGGCAUGCUGACUGUGUUCUUUUCCUGUUAAAGAAGUACCAAGGCUGCUUUCUGAUGUCUCUGAGAACGUGUCCCAUUCCCAAGCACAUUUGUACAGCCUACUGACUCUUCCAGCUGGAAUUGACACUGCCGGUGCGAGGCACCCCAACAGGGCUGAACAUCCUUCAGUCUUUUGCCCUGGCACAGAGGUUUGCGUGGUUUCUUGCUGUUGGCUCUCUACCUCCUUCAGAGGGGUCUCCUGUAAGCCGAGGUCCAUGAUUUGAAUUCACCUCUGACUUGGGAGAAUGCCCCAGGCUGAGGGAGUGUCCAUGGGGACUCUGAGCAGUGCUUGGUUGCUAACUGUGGAAACCCGUGUUUUCCACCCAAAGUGUUCUCCCUUUAUUCCACCUAGUGUUUUAUGCUAAGGCAUUACAAAUUAAAUCCAGAUAACUCGUGGAAACCAAGCAGACAGGCAGCUGCAGUGCUACUUCAUAACUGUGUGUGUUUAGCAAGUGCCACCUGCCAUUCCAGCAUCCCAGAGUGUUGGCUUUACCAGCAGGAUGUCUGAUGAACAGAAUUCCCUCCCGUUUGCUGGUGCAGGGCCUGCUGCCCGAGUCAAACUGGCAGUGGUAGUUUACACAGUCUGCAUUUGAGGGGCCACUGGAAGCUGGAGUGCAGGAGGAGGGAAAAAAGAAAGUUUAGUGUAAAUUGUCUUGUGCAGAGAAUUGCCCUCAGUCCAUUUUAUAGUGCACUGGGUAUAUGGACCACAUCUAACUUGUAACAGAUGGUCAUUAAAUGUGAGCUGUAGAACAAAGUCCUGAAGAAGAAACACCAGAUGGUUUCUUUUCCCUUUCAUGCUGAGGGACAUUGGCCAGAUCUUUGCAAUGCUGAAGAGUGAGAUCGCUUCAGGGUGUAAUACCUUAUUGCACAGAAAACCCACAUAUUCUAACCCUGAACUCUUUGGGUUGUGCUGAAGGCCUCCAGCAUCAAGAAUGAAAACAAAGAGCUAACAUCGCACACACAAAUUGAUUAAAAACACACAAAAGGGAAUGUUAAAAGGCCUUUUUAUAUCAAAAUGGUUGUAAAAGGCACAACUUGUUAUUUGCUGUUCAGUUGCACUUUAAGAAUAUGACUUGCAUAUCAGAUAGUGGUUUUUUUUACUCUCUGAAUAUUUUUAACUCAAAUUUUGUAUUUUUAAAGCUGAAGAAGGUUCUUGUGAGCACAAGAUUCCUUAUUUGUAUCCGAAUCCGAGCAGGAUGUUCUAGCUCUUCGCGCUGCCCGCAGCGCACGCUCAGCCACGUGCAUUCAAUGACGUGUGUCCAUCCCACGUGUGAGGAGAGCCGAGGGACCCUCGGCUCCCGAGACGUGGGCACGCAAGGGUGGCUGUCCCCAGGUGACACGGUCCUGACCCGGGGCUGGCCGCUUCAUCCCAGCAGCAGGUGGGAAGAGAGCCGAGCUUGGAACCUGAGCCGUGCUGGUUUCAAAAUGGGCACACUGAGGAUGGGGCAAAGCCCUUCAGCCCCUACGGGGAAGGGAGGGGAACACCAGCUCCUGGAAGGAAGCGCCCAGGAGGUAAAUGGAGGUGGGGGAGUGAGGACUGCCAGAACAACUAAUCUGCUGUUUUCACAGUACCAUUCUUUUUUUAAACUGUUCUGUUCCUUUUAACCAUUUUCUCAUUAAAAGUCACAACUGGCUGUAAAAUUCCGAGCUUCAGAGAACUAAUGUGUAGGGAGGUGACAAGACAUUUCAGCUCCAACUUUCAGGCAUAUUCCUUCUUUCAGUUAACCAAUGCCCCCUGGUCUCACUAGGGCAUGUUAUAAACUGCAUUGCUGAACAUAUUUUAGAGCGACCGCGAGUUUUAAAAGUCUGUCCUUCUCUCUCUGUCUCUGCAUUUUCUGUAAAUAUUUGUUUGUAUGUAAAGGCACCAGUGGAUCCUUGGGCUACCCCCAUGGUCAAGAAUCUGAGUUUUGUGCAAUGCCUAGGCCUCUGUUAGAACACGGUGCUUGCAUAGAGCUAGUCACCACAUUUGUGUGCACUCUGGUGGGUUUUAAUAUUUUUAUACAUCCUAAUCCUGAACGUUAUGAAGUAUUCUAAGUGGUCUAGACAGCAUGAUCUAGAGCAGCCAGCAAUUCCCUUUUGUGAGCAGCUACAUUCUUACAAAAUGAGUUAACAUUCUUAUAAAAUGAGUUUUCCAUUAAGUGUUUACGCCACACACCAGUGGAUUGAGAGAGGUGUUGCAUUGUAAAAUCUCCUGUGUGCAAACUGAAAAGCUGCAAUGGGAAUUUCAGUUGUCACUGUCUGCAAGGAAGAGAGCUCUAAAGCAUACUAAAAACCAGCCUGUAUAUAGUUCACAGAGAACGAGAUGGCUGGCUGUCGACCUUUGCAAAGUAACAGAGAUGGGAAGCUUCCCAAAAGUUCCUUGCUUUUGGAUUGUCCAAGCCUGCUACCCUGCCUGUCUGUGCCUGCUUGGCAGGUACUAGGCAGGGUAGCAGGCAGAUGAGGAUGUCCCUGAAAGCAGGUGUGGAGGGGAGGAUGCCAUGUUCUGAUGGCGCUGCAGUAAUUUAAACACUCUGUAUCUGUGGGUGCAUGCACGUGUGUGUGAAGUCUGGUCCAGGCCGAGGGAGUUGCUUUGGCAUCUGCCCUUUUGUAUGAACGUGAACUCUGAUAUUCAGAUUGUUCAAGGCUUUUACGGUUGGCAUGUAUGGAGCGUUAACAGAAAAGGGAACACCCUACCUGUACAAAACCAACUCUGUUCCAGCCUGUUUUCUUCUGUUUGGUUGUGUUCUAUCGUUUGUUUUUAUGCACACUUGCUUCAUUGGUGUUGAGACGUUAGCACCUCAGAUGGCCAACUGAACUAAAAAAAAAAAAAAAAAAAAAAUAAAGUCAUUAAUUAUUUUUUCUU